AGGUCAGGUAAGGUGUCGGGAACAAGUCUUGGCUGGAUGAGUGCUUAAUGAAUGAAAGGAUAACAAGUACAAAUACCUGUUAUCUAACCAAACAUGACAGGACCAGUUUUACAGCUUGUAUUCCAUUACAUGUAUGCUCUGCUCAUGCACAGGAAAACAACGCCGACACCUGUACUACGGUCGUGAACGCCACACAGGGAAGAUGAUGUUCACUUGCCUGCGCACCUCACGCCAAUACAUCCUCUCUGUGAGGCUUAUGAGCACAGUCUCCCAUAAGAUGGUGGCUACAGACAAGUCGACUGACCUCCUGGCCUCGUCUUUGGCCUUUGAGGAUCCCAAAGCUUUCCAGGUCAAGAGUAUGGGCGAGUUGCUUCGCGCUCUGGGCAUAUUCCGCUUCUGCUCCUUCCCCGUGUUGGUAAACAACUGCGACAAGCUGAUGUCAGUGGCCCGCAGCAUUCUGGGUAGGCGCCUGUUCUCGUCACUGCUCAGGCCCACGGUCUACGCUCAGUUUGUGGCUGGGGUGAAUGAGAAGGAGAUCUCCGAGUCCAUGGAGAAGAUGAACCUGCUGGGACUGAGGCCCAUGCUGGCCGUCCCCAUCGAGGAGGAUCUGGGGGAGAGCACCGGGGAGACGCGAUAUAAUGACAACAUGGAGGCCAUGUUAGAAUGUGUGCGCAUGUCGCACAGCAAUGCCUGGAGCAAAGAUCCAAUGAUGCAGUUGAAGAUCACGGCGCUGCUCAGCCCUGAACUUUGUGUCAAACUCACCACCGUCAUCUCCAAACAACCCUACGACCUGGACCUCCUGGUCCGAGCCAUGAAUGGAGAGACUGUCAACUUCCCCGGUUUGGAGGAGAGCGAGGCAGCGCACUUGCUCUGCAGCCUGCGGCGCCUCAACCGCAUAGCCGAGGCUAGUGUCAACAAAGUACGCAUCCUAGUUGAUGCGGAAUACACCUUCAUGAACCCCGCCAUGUCCCUUGUUACCAUGGCGAUGAUGAAAAAGUUCAACAAAGAUAGCGCCUGGAUUUGGAAUACAUACCAGUGUUACCUGAAGGAAACACGGACUCUUCUUCUGGAAGCUCUAGCUCAGUCCAAGGAUGAAGGUUUCUGUUUAGGAGUGAAGCUAGUGAGAGGAGCCUACAUGGACAAAGAACGGAAGCUCGCAGUGAAGGAAGGUCGCCCGGAUCCCGUCCAAGACAGCUGGGAGGACACAAAUGACAAUUAUAAUGGCUUGCUGGAGGUGAUGCUGAAGGCCAUUGUCCAGGACCCCGGACGCUACAGGAUUAUUGUGGCCACGCAUAAUGAAGAGUCAGUGAGGCGUGCAGCCAAAGGGGUUAAAGAACUGGGCAUAGACAAAAAUGGCGGCUCGGUGUGCUUUGGUCAGCUUUUAGGGAUGUGUGAUCACGUCUCCCUCACUCUCGCUAAGGAGGGUUACGCCGUGUACAAGUCGGUGCCGUACGGGUCAGUGGAAGACACGCUCCCCUACUUGGUGCGUCGGGCUCAGGAGAACCGUACCGUGUUGCAGGGAAUCCGAAAGGAAAGGGAUCUUUUGAGGCGGGAGUUCCUGAGGAGACUCGGAUGGUCAAGUUGACAGCACACUAGUCCAGGGGUGUCCAAACCUUUUUCACUAAGGGCCACAUAUUGAUGGUCUUUGGAGAGGCCGUAAGCGUGAAUUGGCAGCCAUGUUUUUGUCGGGGCUACCUACGGCAGCUGUGGAUACAGGAUGUAGAUUAUGGAGUGAAUAAAUAAUAGAAUAUUUUGAAAGGGUACCUUGAAAUGCUAUAUGAAUCCAGUACAUUGUUAUUCCCAUAUUUUGACUUUAUUCUCCAAAAUUGACAUCUUUCUUUUACUCAAUUACGAUUUAAUUUUUUUUGUCUCAUAAUUUUGACUUGCUUCACAUAUAAUUCUAUUCUCGUAAUGACUUUUUACACAACCAAAUUUUCCUAAAUUUACUAAAUUCAUGGUGUUCAAUUUUCAUAUUAACACUUGUUUGUUUGUUUUUUAAGUGUUACUAAUUUUUCCUCAGUUCUUGUAAAAUUAUGACUUCUAUGUCAGAUUACAACAUUCAUUCAUUCAUUCAUUUUCUACUGCUUUUCCUCACGAGGGUCUCGGGGGUGCUGGAGCCUAUCCCAGCUGUCUUCAGGCGAGAGGCCGGGUACACCCUGGACUGGUGGCCAGCCAGCCAAUCACAGAGCACAUAUAGACAAACAACCAUUCACACUCACAUUCAUACCUAUGGACAAUUUGGAGUCGCCAAUUAACCUAGCAUGUUUUUGGAAUGUGGGAGGAAACCGGAGUACCCGGAGAAAACCCCCGCAUGCACGGGGAGAACAUGCAAAGUCCACACAGAGAUGGCCGAGGGUGGAAUUGAACCCUGGUCUCCUAGCUGUGAGGUCUGUGUGCUAACCACUCGACCGCCCUACACUUUUGUCUCAUAAUUUUGACUUGCUUCACAUAUACUUCUAUUCCCGUAAUGACUUUUUCCACAACCUAAGUUACAACUUCAUUCAUGGUUUUCAAAUUUCAUAUUAACACUUGUUUUUUUUUUUUUUAGUAAUUGUUACUAAUUUUUCCUCAUAUUCCGUUCUCGUAAAAUUAUGUCUUCCAUGUUAGAUUACAACUUUUUUCCUCUUAAUAUUUUGACUUUAUUUUUGUAAAAUGACUUUUCAGAUUUGUGCCAAAUAGUGCCACAAAUGGUCCCCACGCUGCAUUGGACACCCCUGUGUUAGACAUUGAAUAUUAUCGUAAUUAAUUAAUUUAGUUUGGUAUAUGGCAAAAUGUAGCAAAGGGUAUAUACUGGAUGUGGAAGAAACUUAUUAUGCACUUUAACUGUAUAUUUUUUUGCUGUAGCCAAUAAAAUAUGUGUAUCAUUUUUCAAAA